AUGGCCAUGACUUCAAUUGUGAUCACACGACAGCCACCCGAAGUUGCCGUCAUCGAAUCUUUUCUGGUUCUAUACGAGCAGAAUCAAAGCUUAUACGAGUAUGUGACCCUGGCGGCGACAAGGCUAUGCAGAGCAUCCCUUGGGCCCGACAUCAACUUCGGGAUCACAAAUCGGGUGAAAUCCCGGCAUAGCUUGAAGAACAAGCUAUAUGAACGUCAUCCAACGUGCUCUUAUCGCGACCAUGAGCAAAUCAACAGUGAUAUUGUCGACCUCGCCGGGGUCCGCAUAACCCUACCGGCCUCGCUCCAGAUAGAGCAAGUGGGCUCAAUGAUCCGCGAAAAGUUUGACCUCCGGGAAGAAAAGAUCAUCUCAGGGGACGAACAGGGGCACGACACUCAUCGCGCGUAUCGCCAGACACAUGCGACUUACCGUGCAGUGCAUUAUCGUGUCAGGAUGAAGCAAGAGCAAGUCCCACUUGACAGUGCAUGGCAAACGGUCCCGGUCGAGAUUCAAGUGCGAUCGAAAGCCUGGGAUAUCUUGUCCGACUUUACGCAUGGGCUGCUUUAUAAACCCGAGUGUCCGGCAACCUCUCAGCAAAUUGAUAUUCACAAUAUUGCGAGCAGCAUCGUCGACUCGCUAGACUUGUGUCUCAACAAGAUCUAUGCGUAUCACGCGCAACAUCUAGUGAUUGCAAACACCAACUUUGCGACCAAAAGUUCACUCGAGUCUGCCAUGCUUCAAUGGGCUCAGGAGAAAACCGGGCGCAUGGUCAACGACGUGGGAGACAUAGAAACCCUCUGGAAGUUUCUGCAGGCCCUGGACCUUCACACCCCCAACAAACUUAAAGCGACUUUAGCGAAACUGGACACCCUGCAGAGCGUCCUAGUCAAUGUUUCAGGCUCGGACUAUGUUACGGUGGACCUGGCAACCCCGAUCAUGCGGGCAAAACUUUGGUCACCUGAAGGGCAGACCAAAUUGGCUGACAUCUUCAACCACCACAUCGCGCUGGGCCGAAAAGAGCUGUACCAGCUGGAAGUGAUCGCGGAUGCCUUUAUCUGGCUAGGCCGGGAUCCCACGAAUCAGUGGGUGACUGUCCUCGGGGCACUUGUUCCGGAACGAUUGUCCAGUGUUCGGUGGCUCGAUACGCGACCCGUCCGGGACUUGUGUUACAAACCCGGAGCGCGGUUGUCGAUUGAAGAUCGGGGAUACCUGGACGAUCUUUGGUCGUCUUUUUUGUGCAACCCCCACGAAGAAAUUCAACUUUCUUUUGGACUGUCCAGGCUUAGGUUGCCAGGGGAGAGUGGCGUUGACCGCCCGGCGCUUCGACAAGCCAUCCGACCCGUGCUUGAGUGUUAA